CGCCAUCUUGUCGUUUCCAUGGAAAAAGCGGCCUAGUCGAGACGCCGCUGCCUUCCUCUCCCCGCCCCGGGAGCGAUGGCGGAGGCGGCUUGGAACGAAGACACGGGCGCGGCGGUCUACCGAUUCCGAGACCCCAUCCGUAACCUGCGCCUCAGGGUUAAAAUUCAGCGGGUUACUUCCACUAGCCUUCUAUUACAGCAGCUACGGCAAUCUUUCUGCCAAUCAGGCCAGGAGCUCAUCGGCUUGUCAACUUUUGAGCCUUACAACUCAGCAAGUGGACCUUGUCCUGAAGAGGAGAAAGAGGAGGCUGUUAUUGGCUGGCAAGAAAAACUCUUUAGUCAAUUUGAGGUUGAUCUUUACCAGAAUCAGUCUGCCUGCCAGAGCCCACUUGACCGACAAUACCACCAGGAUAUCUUAAAAUUGGAAGAGUUGGGGGGUCGAAAGAAUAAGCGGAUCUUCACCUACAUAGACAAUGACCGCUUCACCAGCCUAGAAGAGCAUGGUCAGAAAAUGACCACUUCUGACAAGGAAGUGCCUUCGUAUUUGGCAGAAAUGAUGGCUAAUGUGAGGAGGAGAAGACAAGAACGCAGGCCAGUAGAAGGAAACAUCCUGAAAUCCCGAAUUAUCACCUGGCAGCCCUCUGAAGAAUUCAUCAGGAACAACCAUGUCCUUAAUACUCCUGUGCAGACCAUGUAUAUUAUGGGGGACCUAGGACCCCAAGGCAAGCUUGGUUGCAAGGAGUAUGAGUAUGUUCUCUGCAUGAUCAAGGUAGAUGGCAAUGGAGUCCUCACAGUCAAGCCAGAUUUUACAGGCACAAAAGGGCCUUAUAGGAUUGAGCUGGAAGGCGAGAAGCGGGAAAUGUGGAAAUUCACUUUGGAGAAUGCCUCGGCCACAGUGGGAGAGAAGGAGGAAGCACGGGAACAGCGUGUCUUCAAGGAUUUGUAUAGCCGACAUAAAGAGUACCUCAGUGGACUUGUUGGAUCUGACUUUGAGAUGACUGCUCCUGGUAUUUUCCGACUCUUUGUGAAUGGUGAAAUAGUUUCAGCCCAGGGUUACGAAUACAACAAUCUAUACAUACAUUUCUUCUUGGAACUGCCCAACUGCUGGUCAUGUCCCCCAUCUCAACUACUCUCUGGAAUGACACAGACUUGCACUAGCAAAGUACAUGGCAAAGAUAGGGUGGCUUUUUUUUCCUUCCCUUUUACCCUGGAGAUGUUCUUCACCCAAGAGGAUGACUUGGAAGGCUCCCUCCCUGAGUGGCCUGUCCUAUACUUUGAGGUUCUUUCCUUGGAUUUCUGGCAUAGGUACCGUGUUGAAGGCUAUGGUUAUGUAGUGCUGCCAGCAACGCCAGGAGUUCACACUUUGUCUGUUUCUACAUGGCGUCCUGUAGAGUUGGGCACCAUUUCAGAACUACGGAGGUUUUUCAUUGGAGGAUCUCCAGAGCUUGAGGAUAUAACCUACACCAAAGUGCCAAGUACUUUCACAGGUGAUCGUCUCAGCCGUUUGGGUUUUCGUUCUGAAACAACAGGGAGUGUCACUUUCCGGCUGAACUGCCUGCAGCAGUCCAAAGCUUUUCUGGAGUCCAGCUCCAUGAAGAAACGCAUGCAGAGUGUUCUGGAUCGACUAGGAAACUUCAGUCAGCAAAGUUCCCUUUAUAAUGUUUUAGAGGCGUUCCAACGGGCUCGUCAACGGAUGCAGGAAGCCCGAGAAAGCCUUCCUCAAGAUUUGAUUCGCACUUCAGCCUCUGAAGUUCACAAUGAUGAAAGCAUCAUCAAGCAGCCUGCUGUCUUCUAAGAUGUUCUCCACCAGUGUUUCUCAGCCACCUGAAGACACAUGGACUUCAACUCUCAUAAUUCUCCAGCCAGCUCUGCGCCUGGGGUUCUCACCUCUGCUUUUGCAACUUAUGGGGGGAGUCCUGCACCUCAGUUUGAAUCUGGAGGUGGGCCAUGUGGUGCUGGGCAUAGGUGCUUGGACUGCUGUUUCUUCAAAGAAUGUGACAGAAACCUCAGUAUUUCUCCCUUUCUUCGCACAAGAUCAUGAGAUUACAAAAAAAGUUCUAUGUCUUAGGAAGGCAACCAUGUUGUACAGUAUUUUAUUUUGUCUACAUGGAUGUGUUUUUGUAUCUAAAUGUGUGUAUAUUUAAAUAUACAUAGGGAUAUAUAUAUUAGUCUCCCAAAGGGCAGCAAACUGUUUGCUUGCUGUCUGGAAAAGCCUAGAACUAGUGAAUUGUGAUUUCACUGAGCUAUGGCAGCAUUUUGAAAAUCUUGGUUUACGUAGGAAAAUACCCGGCUGAGGAGAAAUACACAUAAAGGGUUUAUGAUAAGAGAAGAAAACAUAUACUUGACCUCUAUGGGGUCUACGGGACCUCUACGGGGAGGAAACGUGUGAUGAGGGUGUGGCUAACUGAUAAGGAGUAAUUAGUCCGAAAUAGAUCUAUAUUAGUCUCCCAAAGGGCAGCAAACUGUUUGCUUGCUGUCUGGAAAAGCCUAGAACUAGUGAAUUGUGAUUUCACUGAGCUAUGGCAGCAUUUUGAAAAUCUUGGUUCACGUAGGAAAAUACCCAGCUGAGGAGAAAUACAUACAUACAUACACACACACAGACACACACACACAUAUUGUACCUGUACUCUGUUUAUAACAAAGGACAAGCAACAAUUAAAACAAUGAUAUUUCAUUAUUA